CAAUUGCUAAAAACACGAGGAUAUCAAUUAUCACAUUGCAUAGACUCUCUCCAGACAGAAGUUUUCUGAUUAUUUGUAGAUAACGACACGUUUGUUAAAUUUUUCAAAAACUGGAAAAUGUUGCCAGAAAUAAGUAGAAUAUCAAGUUUUCGGUGUUUUGGAGGUUAUCAAAGAAUUUACUCUCAUUUUAGUGAAAUAUUAAAAUGUAAAAUGAAUUUUUCUAUAUAUAUUCCUCCACAAGCAGAAGAUAACAAGGUUCCUGUCUUAUAUUGGUUAUCAGGCUUAACAUGCACAGAACAAAAUUUUAUACAGAAAGCUGGAGCACAGCGUUAUGCUGCAGAACAUGGAGUGAUUAUUGUUGGACCAGAUACAAGCCCUCGAGGUUGUAAUAUUGAAGGAGAAGAUGAUUCCUGGGAUUUAGGAACAGGUGCUGGUUUUUAUAUAAAUGCUACUGAAGAUAAAUGGAAAAAUCAUUAUAAGAUGUAUUCCUAUGUGACAGAAGAAUUACCAGAUAUUAUUAUAAAAAAUUUUCCUGUUGUUCAAGAUAAACAGUCAAUAUUUGGUCAUAGCAUGGGUGGACAUGGUGCACUUAUAUGUGCAUUGAAAAAUCCUGGAAAAUAUUGCAGUGUUUCUGCUUUGGCUCCUAUUUGUAAUCCUGUGGAAGCAGAUUGGGGUAAAAAGGCUUUCACUGCAUAUCUCGGUGAAAAUACAGAAUCAUGGAAAAAUUGGGAUGCUACUCAUUUGGUGAAAAAAUAUAAUGGACCUCCACUUACUAUAUUAAUUGAUCAGGGCAGUGAAGAUGAAUUUUUAAAUCUGAAACAACUGUUACCUGAAAACUUUGUUAAGGCUUGUUCAGAAAGUAAAAUGCCUGUAAUAUUAAGAAUGCAAGAGGGUUAUGAUCAUAGUUACUAUUUCAUUUCAUCUUUUAUCAGUGAUCAUAUUGCACACCACAUGCAGUUUUUGAAGAAAUAACUCACAAAAAAGUGAGUUUUUGUCAAGUUCAUUCAUUAAUAUUUUAAUAUCAAGUAAAAAAUAAAAAAAUUA